AUGUUACAAUGCAGUUUAAGAGAUCAAACAGAGAAAGACCAGUUACGAAUCAGUUUCAACUCUUUGAGUCAGAAGAACCUGGAGCUGGAGACCAGAGUCAAUGAUCUCAAUGCUGAGAAGGGUCAGUUGGAGACCAGAGUCAAAGAUCUUUCUACUAAGAAAGGCCUGUUGGAGACCAGAAUCAAUGAUCUCACAGCUGAAAAAAGCCAGUUACAGACCAACUUCAACUCUUCGAAUCAGAAGAACCAAGAGUUAGAGACCAGAGUCAAUGAUCUUACUACUAAGAAAGGCCAGUUGGAGACCAGAGUCAAUGAUCUCACUUCUGAGAAAAGCCAGUUACAGACCAACUUCAGCUCUCUAAGCCAGAAGAAACUGCAGUUAGAGACCAGAGUCAAUGAUCUCACUGCUGAGAAAGGCCAGUUACAGACCAGCUUCAACUCUUCGAGUCAGAAGAAACUGGAGUUAGAGACCAGAGUCAAUGAUCUUACUACUAAGAAAGGCCAGUUGGAGACCAGAGUCAAAGAUCUCACUGCUGAGAAAAGCCAGUUACAGAGCAACCUCAACUCUCUAAGUCAGAAAAAAAUGGAGCUGGAGACUAGAGUCAGAGAUCUCACUGCUGAUACAAGCCAGUUACAAACCAACUUCAACUCUUCGAAUCAGAAGAAACUGGAGCUGGAGACCAGAGUCAAUGAUCUUACUACUAAGAAAGGCCAGUUGGAGACCAGAGUCAAAGAUCUCACUGCUGAGAAAAGCCAAUUACAGAGCAAACUCAACUCUUUAAGUCAGAAGAAACUGGAGCUGGAGACCAGAGUCAAUAAUCUCACUGCUGAGAAAAGCCAUUUAGAGAGCAACUUCAGCUCUCUGAGUGAGAAGAACCUGGAGUUAAAGAGCCGAGUCCGGUCUAUGAGUGAAGACGAGUCAAAGAAAUUUUGUUUUUUCAUGUCCACUGAGUCGAGCUGGUCUGACAGCAGACAGUACUGCAGGGAUCGUGGAGCUGAUCUGGUCAUUAUCAACACUGAAGAGAAGCAGAGGUUCAUAUCUUCAUUAGUCAGUGAGAGAGUGUGGAUUGGUUUGUCUGACACAGAGAACGAGGGCAUCAUGAAAUGGGUGGAUAAUUCAACACUGAAACAAGGGUUUUGGGUCAAAAAUCAGCCAAAUAACCAAAAUGGAAAUCAGAACUGUGUUGAAAUGAAUUAUAAUAGAGGGAAGACAGGAUGGACACCGCUGAACAGCUGGAAUGAUUUUUCAUGCUUAGAGGUGAAGAAAGGGUUUUGUGAGAAACAGGGUUCAUCCCAAAUAUAAUUAUAUAUAAUACAU